GAUUCAUUUUUAUCGGAUCGGAUUCGGUUCGGGUUAUCGGAUUCGGUUUAUUUGCCCAGGCCUAAUAACAUUGGUACAACAUAUAUUUCAAUCCUUCCGAAUUUCCUACCUACUUCGGGUUUAGAAUGAAAUUGUUGAUUCAUUAAGUAGAUCUGCAAAAUCAUUUUAUAAAGAUCUUUUUUUUUAUGUUGAUUGUUAUAUAAUUCAAGAAUAACUCUUUGUAUGAGUGGUAGUAUGUCUUUUGAUGUUUAAAAAGUUUAUCUGUUGUAAAAUUAUUAUAAUAAUAUUUUUUAUAAUUUGUAAUAAAAUAACAAAUAAACGUCAUAAAGCAAAAUCUGAAUCUCUUAAAUUUCUUUCUCUACAAGACCAAUCAAAUCAUAGUAAAUACUUUCUUUAUUAGAAAAGACAAAAGAGUGACGAUAUACAUUGAUUUAUUUCAACAACAUAUAUAAAUUCGGUAAUUAUCUUCUUUUUUUUUGCCGUCGGUAAUUAUCUUAUCUAUAUACGUUUCUGUUCCGUUUUCAUUGUUUGUAACUAUUAACGAAUUAAAAACUCAGGUUUAAUUGAAAUAAUACAAGAUCAAAAUCAUUCUUCAAACGGUGAUUUUCUUUUUGACAAUUUGUCUCAACUUUUUGAAAGCCGAUGAAUAAAAAAAGAAAGAACCGGGGAAUACAUAAAUAUCGAAAAACGUUAAACAAGAGCCGACGUCAGAAAAAGGGAAAACAUAAAAUAUAGCCGUUAUGAACAUGUUAACGUGGCAUGUAUUAUAACAUAGAUUAUAAGUCGAAGUAGUCAUCGCAGUUCUUAAAAAUUUAUUUUUAAGAGUCGGUUUUAAAUUUUUUAAUUAAAAAUUAAGAAAUGGUUCGCUAAGACACCAUUCUACAAACCCUAUUAAUCAUGCUCUAACGUUUUAUAACCAUUUGUAAUUUUUUUUAAAGAAACUGAAAAGGAAACAGUAACGGACAUUGUAUAUAUAAUUAUAUUUAUCGUCAACGAACAUUUGAAACAACAAAACAAUUCAUUUUUUCUUUAAAUUAUUUAACAAAAAUAACUUUUUCCAGGUGACACAUGCUGAACUAAUUUAAUACUAUCAUUUAUUGAUUUUACUAGUAACACCCAAAACGUAAGAAUCAGCAGAGAUCUGAGUAGAGUUGAAUCUUGGAUAUAUUUCCCACAAAAUAAAAACACAUAUAGAAAAUAAUCUGUCAUUCUAAUUUUAUUAAUGAUUUUAUUUCUUCUUCUGAUCCAAGACCCUUCUCCUUCUUCUUAUGCAACAGAGUCUGCAGUUUCGUCUUCGUCGUUUCCAUCCUCAACUUUGUUUGACUUCACCGAAACAAACAACAAUCCGAGAUUCGUCGCUAAGUUCUUGAGAAGGAAGAUUGUUCAUUCUUGAAAGUCAUGGCUACACUAAGCGAUAUUGGAGUUGCAGCAGCCAUCAACAUUCUAACUGCAUUCGCUUUCUUCAUCGCCUUUGCUAUCCUUAGGCUUCAACCUGUUAAUGACAGAGUUUAUUUCCCUAAAUGGUAUCUCAAGGGUUUAAGGAGUAGCCCCAUUAAAACAGGUGGCUUGGCCAGCAAGUUUGUCAAUUUGGAUUUUCGAUCUUACAUCAAAUUCUUGAACUGGAUGCCACAAGCACUGAGAAUGCCAGAGCCUGAGCUCAUCGACCACGCAGGAUUGGAUUCUGUCGUCUAUCUGAGGAUUUACUUACUAGGGUUGAAGAUUUUUUUCCCAAUAGCAUGUCUUGCUUUCACGGUAAUGGUGCCUGUUAACUGGACCAACACGACGUUGGAUAAGUUACAGAACCUAACUUUCAGUGACAUUGAUAAACUCUCUAUAUCAAAUAUACCAAAUGGAUCAUCAAGGUUUUGGGUGCAUUUAUGUAUGGCUUAUGUGAUUACUUUCUGGACAUGCUUUGUCUUAAAACGAGAGUACAAGAAUAUUGGUUCCAUGAGGCUACAGUUUCUUGCUUCUGAUCAAAGGAGACCUGACCAGUUUACAGUCCUGGUGAGGAACAUUCCUCCAGAUCCUGAUGAAUCAGUUAGUGAGCUUGUUGAGCAUUUCUUUAAAGUCAAUCAUCCAGAUUACUACCUCACUUACCAGGCUGUCUACAACGCAAACAAGCUGUCUGAAUUGGUUCAGAAGAGGAAGAAAUGUCAGAACUGGCUUGAUUACUACCAAAACAAACACUCUAGGAAUCCAUCUAAAAGGCCUAUGAUCAAGGUGGGUUUUCUUGGCUGUUGGGGUGAAGAAGUUGAUGCAAUCGACUGCUACACCGAAAAAAUCGAGGGCCUAACAAGAAAAAUAAGUGAAGAGAAGGAGAAAGUAACAAGCAGCACAAAGUCACUAGUCCCUGCAGCUUUUGUAUCUUUCAAAAGGCGUUGGGGCGCAGUUGUUUGCGCUCAAACUCAACAAUCAAGAAACCCAACAGAGUGGCUUACAGAAUGGGCUCCAGAGCCAAGAGACAUCUACUGGGACAAUCUUGCAUUGCCUUAUGUCCACCUCACUAUCAGAAGACUAGUGAUAGCCGUCUCUUUCUUCUUCCUCACUUUCUUCUUCAUGAUCCCAAUAGCAUUCGUGCAGACACUAGCCAACAUUGAAGGCAUUGAGAAGGCUGUUCCGUUCUUGAAACCUCUCAUCGAAAUGAAAGCUAUUAAGUCUUUUAUCCAAGGCUUCCUCCCCGGUAUAGCAUUGAAGAUCUUCCUCAUUGUCCUCCCUAGCAUACUGAUGUUCAUGUCGAAAUUCGAAGGAUUCAUAAGUAAAUCUUCACUAGAGAGAAGAUGUGCGAGCAGGUACUACAUGUUUCAGUUCAUAAACGUUUUCCUCUGCAGCAUUAUCGCCGGUACUGCACUUCAACAGCUUGACAGCUUCUUGAACCAAUCUGCAACCGAGAUCCCAAAGACUAUCGGUGUGUCGAUACCGAUGAAAGCCACUUUCUUUAUAACCUACAUAAUGGUGGACGGGUGGGCUGGUGUUGCUGGAGAGAUACUGAGGUUGAAGCCGUUGGUGAUAUAUCAUCUCAAGAACUUCUUUCUUGUGAAAACUGAGAAAGAUAGAGAAGAAGCAAUGGAUCCUGGAACUAUAGGGUUCAACACCGGUGAACCGCAGAUACAACUCUACUUCAUACUUGGUCUUGUUUACGCUGCUGUUAGCCCUAUUCUCCUUCCUUUCAUCCUCGUCUUCUUCGCCUUAGCUUAUGUUGUUUACCGUCAUCAGAUUAUAAAUGUGUAUAACCAAGAGUAUGAGAGUGCUGGAGCGUUCUGGCCUGAUGUUCAUAGACGUGUAGUGAUUGCUUUGAUCGUGUCUCAGCUUCUUUUAAUGGGAUUACUUAGCACAAAACAUGCAUCUCGUUCGACUCCAUUGCUUUUCAUACUUCCUGUGUUAACCAUAGGGUUCCACAGAUUCUGUAAAGGACGUUAUGAACCGGUUUUUGUCAGAUACCCAUUACAGGAUGCAAUGGUUAAAGAUACCUUGGAACGCACGAAAGAACCGAAUUUAAACUUGAAAACGUUUCUUCAAAACGCGUAUGUGCAUCCAGUGUUUAAGGCGGCGGAUAAUGUAAAGGAUGAAAUGGUUGUGGAGGAGCCGAGGGCUGAUCAGACGCCGGAUUUAGUGGCUACUAAACGUAGCUCAAAGAGACAUACUAGUGGCUCAUCUUUUGAAACCUAUUGACAAGUUUUUUGAUGAGAUUUGUUUUAUGGUUUUUUUAACGGAUGAUUUUUAUAGGUUUAUGGAAGAAGUUUUCCAAA